UUCCCCUAUUCGAGAGUUCUUUACAAUAGACAAUAUAGUUACGAACUUCACUUUAGUCUUUAGUUCGCGGCUAGAAGCUAUAGUGAAAAUACACGAAAACAAAACGGCGUGAAAUGUGAACAGUUUUUUUUUUGUUGAUGUCGAUGUUGUUGUUGUUGUUUUUUGAAGUAUAUUUCUAUGGGAAAAUAGAAAUUCGCCGGACUAUAUAGUUUUUCAUAUAUUUUACUGUUUUGAGUGUUUCAUUUUUCGAUUUUUCCUGUUUCAAUUGAUGAACUUGAUUGGAUGGUUUAGCGAUAGGUGUCAACAUAAAAUUGAAUUAUGAACAAAAAGCAAAACAAAUAAUUUUUGUUUCGCAAAAAAAAAAAGAAAUCCGUAAACAGGACACGUUAUGGAAUUUCCCGUGUGAUGUGAAAAAAUAAUACAAAAAAAAUUAUUGGAAAAUGAUUUUUGUCAUGUUUUAACAAAAUUGCGUGCAAAGAGAAAUAUUUUUUUUUCUAAGCAAUAUAGCUUUGUGCAUAAAUAUAAUACGUUCAAGCUUGGUGGAGUAAAUGCUGCAGUGUAUGUGUUUGAACAAGAAAAGGAUAAUGAAUUUUAAUCUUGAACUAAAAAACAUCGAAUCGUAUAGCGAGUUGUUAUAGCAACAUCAGUCAUUGUUAUAUACACAACACACUCAAAUAUAUACGUACAUACAUACGAGUGUUUAGGGAUCGUCGGCUUUUAUUUAUAUAUAACAAAAAAAACUAUUAUAUAUAUUCAAUUCACGUCGUUACUUUAUAUACAAAUAAUUGCAAUCAUUUCACUAUAUUCGUAGAGCUUAACCGUAUAAUUAAGAAAAUUAAAUAAAAAAAGUUUCAUCAUAAAUUGUGCUUUUGCUGUGUGCCUGCUGCCCAAUGCCUAUUAUAUAUAUAAAAAGUCAGUAGUAGAAAGAAAAUCGUAGGGAAAACCUUUAGUGAAUUAAAAUGUAUUGAACCUUUGAUGAUGUUAUGCAAUUUAAUAUUUUGUGUGACAACAAAAACUGAACACACGGAAGACAUUACUUGUAAAACAUCACCACAAGUUGAUUUUUUUUUAUUUGUAUGUCGUACGGUGAGUGAAAACGAUUUUUGUUUCCUGCAUAUAUAAUAUAUCAAUGCAGAGGAAAGUUUAUAAAUUCAGUGGUUUUUAUAAGUGUUGUGCUAUUUUUAGUGAAACGAUUUUUUUUUGUAUUCUAAUAUGCCACUACAAGUCGGUUGAUAGUCGAUAGUAAAUCAUAAGAUACAAAAAAUUGAAAUGGUAUAAAUUGAAGCUUAUAAAUAACCAGGAAAAAAAAACAUCGAACUCAAUGUAAUAAUGUUUGCUUUAAAUAAAUGAUUGAUUGAAUCAUGUGCGAUUACCAGCAGAAUUAUGUUCCCGUGAAAAUUUUACUAUAAAAUUCAUAAUCAAAUCAAUGCAUGUCCAAUCGACAUGUCCGUAUAGAUUUAAACAAAACACCAAUGACAUCGUUUUUUGCUUCGUAUAACUUUCCAAAUCGUCAUAAAAGUAUAGUUGAAUGACGAGAGAAUAAAACAAAAAAAUGUUGUGAUAAAUUAUUGCCUUUUAAUGGAUAUAUUGGAUUACGACAUACAUCAAUAAAACGACAGACAAGUCUAUAGCGGAUAGUUUCGACAUACAACAACAACAAAAAAACCAAACAUCAAAAUGCCGGUUCGACGUGGACAUGUCGCUCCGAAAACAACACUCAUUGAAACAAUCAUUCGGAAAUUCGACACCCACAAUCGUAGUUUUUUGGUCGCCAAUGCUCAAUCGGAGACAUUUCAUAUCAUAUUCUGUUCUGAUGGUUUCUGUAAAAUGACUGGUUUCACGCGCGCCGAGGUAAUGCAACGUGCUAGUACAACAGAAUUUCUACAUGGACCAAUGACAUCACAACAGGCUGUAAAUCUAAUUAAGGACGCUCUAUCGAAGGGCUUUGAGAAACAUUUCGAAAUACUUUAUUAUAGGAAAAAUGGACAAAAAUUUCUUUGCUCCGAAGUAAUAGCACCAAUACGUUCCGAAAUCGACGAUAUAUCACUUUUUAUAAUCAACUUUGAAGACUUAACAAAUCCGGCACCUGCUGAACCAAUUGUUGCUGCUAGGCUUAGUAAAUUUGAUAGAGCACGAGCUAGCUUUAGAACGAAAUUCGGAAGUAUGGGCUUGCGAGACAGAGGGUUGAGACUGGCUGGAUAUUUAACACCACCAUCGGAUGUAACACAGGAAGAAGAGGAAGCUAAUGAAUGCAUAAAUUCGAUGAGUCAUCCGACGUUGCAAAAAAUCGAAUCGGGAAAAGUGUGGUCGCCGAUGACAACGCCAACGUUGAUGCGAUCGGCUGAACAAGAAAAAAUUCGAGAUUCAUUGCGAUUAGAAGAUUUGAAAAUAGCCACACCGAAGAAACCGCAAUUGGUUGUCAAGAAGUCUGAAUUUUCACACACUAAAAGCUUGGAUUUUGAUGCCCAAUCGAAACAUGAGGACCAAGCACAAAUCCAAAGUAAAGAUAGCUCAAAUGCAAAAGCAAAAAAUUGCCGAGGUUUAAUUCAAAAACGAGCGCACACACUCGACGAUUUUAUGACAGGACAAUCAGGCCACACAUCCCGGCAAUUUUUCCCAUACGUAUCAUCCGAAAGUGAUUUACAGCACUACAAAACAAUAUCGUUUCGACAUUCACACAAUCAUGAACAUCGAACCAGUUCAUCUUUAUCAAAUGUGCCUUCAGAUUUUAGAUCCGAUCGAAUUAAGGAUAAUGGCUCCGCAAAAUAUUUUCAAGGAACAAGACAUACACCAAACAUGGGAGAAAAAGUAGCGCAGGUAUUAUCACUCGGGGCCGAUGUUUUGCCUGAGUACAAAUUACAAAGUCCGCGCAUUCAUCGUUGGACCGUCCUUCAUUAUUCACCUUUCAAAGCGGUCUGGGAUUGGAUAAUUUUAAUACUUGUUAUGUACACAGCCAUUUUUACACCUUAUGUAGCCGCUUUUUUACUCGGAGAAACGGAUUAUAAUCAAACAUCAAAUUAUAAUCAGAAAAAAUCGGAAAAAUUUCUAAAUGCCAGUGCAAUUGUGAUAAUUGAUUUAGUUGUGGAUGUAACUUUUGUGAUAGAUAUAUUAAUAAAUUUUCGCACAACAUUCGUUAAUGGACAGGAUGAGGUAGUGUCGCAUCCGGGUCGAAUAGCUGUACAUUACUUGAGCGGAUGGUUUCUUAUAGAUUUAGUAGCUGCAAUUCCUUUCGAUUUAUUGUUGGUAAAUAGUGAUACUGAGUUUCUGUUUUUACAGCUUGGCUUGGACAAAGACGAGACGACAACGCUAAUUGGGCUUCUGAAAACGGCGCGGCUUUUACGUUUGGUGAGAGUGGCACGAAAAAUCGAUCGAUACUCGGAAUAUGGUGCUGCGGUUUUGGUAUUAUUAAUGGCGACAUUCGCACUUAUUGCUCAUUGGCUGGCUUGCAUAUGGUAUGCUAUAGGAAAUGCACAACGUCCGAUGGUGAAAAUCGGUUGGUUAGACAUACUGGCUAACGACACCCAAGAACAUUACUUUCCGAACAACACAGGUGGUGGACCUUCGAUAAAAUCUAGAUACAUAACGGCUCUGUAUUUCACAUUUACAACAUUAACAUCGGUUGGAUUUGGCAAUGUAGCACCGAACACAGAUCCCGAGAAAAUUUUCACAAUAUGCGUUAUGCUCGUCGGAUCACUCAUGUAUGCAAGUAUAUUCGGUAAUGUAUCAGCGAUAAUUCAACGGCUUUAUUCGGGCACGGCAAGAUACCAUACACAGAUGCUUAGAGUUCGAGAAUUCAUUCGAUUUCACCAAAUUCCGAAUCCGUUGCGACAACGACUCGAAGAAUAUUUUCAGCAUGCAUGGACGUACACAAAUGGUAUCGACAUGAAUUCAGUGCUGAAAGGUUUUCCCGAAUGCCUUCAAGCAGACAUUUGCUUGCAUUUAAAUAGAAAUUUGUUAGAAUCGUGUUCAGCUUUCGAUGGCGCCAGUCCGGGGUGUUUAAGAGCUUUGUCGUUAAAAUUUAAAACAACUCAUGCACCACCAGGUGACACACUUGUACAUAAGGGCGAUGUUCUCACUUCGUUGUAUUUUAUUGCUAGAGGAUCGAUAGAAAUAUUAAAAGACGAUGUUGUGAUGGCUAUAUUAGGAAAAGACGAUAUAUUUGGCGAAAAUCCAUGCAUACAUUCCACGUUAGGCAAAUCGAAUAGCAACGUAAGAGCGCUUACGUACUGUGAUCUACAUAAAAUCCAUCGAGAUGAUUUAUUGGACGUAUUGGAUUUAUAUCCAGAGUUUUAUGACUGUUUCGUUAAUAAUUUGGAAAUUACAUUCAAUAUGAGAGAUGAAGAACAAGCUGGCGUAGAAAUAAGGCAUAGAUUUAUGAGAUCCAACUCGAAAGAAUCUGACAAAAAUAGUGACACUAGAUCGUAUAGGCUAACAUUACACACCCGACAACACAGUCAUGAACAGCCUACCGAUAAAUUGUUGGAUAAUGAAACCGAAGGGGAACCAAAACAUCGAUACUCGAUAUCAGAAGUGAUAACGCAAAUCAAACGAAGUAUUCCAGAUCUGAGAUCAAUAAAACACCAACCGUUAGAAAAUAGUGUCUAUUUUCGAACAGCAACAUCCCCAUGUAAAAGUCCCGGCGAGGAUAGGCCUCUACUACAAAACCAAUUAGGAACACAUGCUGAUGCAGUCACCUUAAGUGCAAUUACGACAACGUGUAGUUGUGGUGGCGGACCAAAACUAUUACCCCGACCGAAUAAUCAACAAGCCGAUGGUGUCAAUGAAUUUCAACACACAGAUUUGGUUGAUGAUCCGCCCAUAGGAACUAGCUCAAUAACCAAUCAAAUUAGCGAUCUUACGGUUCGAAUAGACCAUCUGGAACUGAGUCUCAAAAAAGACAUCGGUACAAUUCUGGACAUUUUACAUCAGCAACAGCAAUUUCAGUUUCACCAACAAGCUGGCAAACCAAUGGCCGCAUCAUAUCUGUCACAGCCACCGUCCGAAAGUGAUUUUUCAUUUGAUAAUAUGUGCGCAAUUGAAAAGCAACACCAACAACAAUUAUUGCUGAACCAACAGCAGCAACCACAACGAACUGGAAUUGUACAGAGAUCAAUUUCGCAGCCUGAGUGUACAAAUGAAAAUGAAAAAAGUUUAUUGAAAUGCUCAAAAUUUUCGUCAUUUAAUCAAGCUAUGGACGACACCGACGAAUGGACCGUCUUCGCACCAAUAGCUAGGCUUGAAUCACUCGAUGAAUUAGAUCAAGAUAGCAAACAUUCCAAUUCUCAAGAUAAAUCACAAUAAUAGCUAAACAAUUAAUUAAUUAAAGUCACCCCAAUUUAUAUUAUAAAUUAAAAUAAAAACAAAACAAAAAAUAUUUAUCUCGUUAGACUUAUGAUGCCGAUAAAUUAAACAAAAAAAAAGAUUUUACGAUUUUCUUUGCACCGUUUGUUCAUUCAUAAAAAAUUUUCGAUCCAUUUUUGUUACUUUCGCUGCGAAUCAAAUUUUAAUUAAUUAGAAAGAGAGUAGAGAGAAUUUCGUUCCCUCUUUGGUUUUAGUAAACUUAAUAAAUGUAGAGAAGCGAGUGAAACGCGUAAUGAUCUUUGAAAAAUUCCUGAAAUUAUUCACUUUUUCGUUUGAGACUUUUAUUGGUUGUUCAAGAUAUUUCAUGAUUGAAACAGUCUUAUGUUAAAUUGUUAAUUAAUGUUAAAAAAAAAUGAAGGAAAAAUCAAAAUGGAAAAGCAAUAUUUGUGUUUCAUAUUAAGAAAAAAAUAUUUUAUUUAAUUAAAAAUAUUUUCAGUUUAAUUUGCGGAUCUAUGAUUUCAUAAAACGCAGCACAGUAAAUCAAAUUUAAAGAAUUAAAAUUUAAAAAAAAGUUUUGCCAUUAAAGUUAAAAGAAAUUUAAAAUAAAAAAAAAGAAAAGCAAAAAA